GCAGCUCCUCUGCUGCUGCUGCAUGUUGGACUUAUAAAGAGCAGCUCACAUGCUUCCAAACACCGGCUGUGCACUCCUGAAUCCGCCCUGCCUUCCCCUCAUACUACUAUUAAACCACAGCUCUGCCUUGUCCUCUUAACGAGGCACACAUUGAAUCAUAAAACCUGACCUCUCAGAUCCGUUUUGUAGUUCUGUAAUGUGGGGCGUGCGUGCCUCACACACUACUAAUCCCUGCUGGAUCCGAGUCAGAGCAGGACCAUGAAGUCUGGGACGGUGUUGCCAGGGGGAAGGUGGCGCCUGGGACCUGUUGGAGAUGACAGCUGAGGAAGGCGGAUUGAAGCAGAGGGAUCACAGUAACAGUGAACGUAGAAGAUAGUGAAGGAGUCAUCGCUGUGUUCAGGGGUUCGUAGAGAUGGAGUCCCUGAUGAGUGCGGUGGCGCCGCGCUCCCCAGCCCCCGUCAAGAAGUUAUCAGAGGUGGAUUUCCGGUCAGGGGCCACCCUGGAUCAGCUGUCGUCACAGGUGUCUGAGCUAGUAAUACUGGAACAAGGAGAGUUUGGAGACCAGACCGCCUUAGAGGUCCACACUGCCAAGGAUUUUAUCUUCAACAUGCUAGGUUUAGUCCAGAAAGUAGACCAGCGCCUUCCAGUGGCUAACGAGUACCUGCUGCUGUCAGGCGGGGCUCGGGAGGGAGUCCUGGACCUGAACCCUGAAGACUUGGGCGACUACGCCAGAGGGGCCGACUUCGACCUGGACUUCACCUUGCUGGUGCCCGCCCUGAAACUCCACGACCGCAACCAGCCCGUCACCCUGGACAUGAGACACUCCCCGCCCUGCCACUCCUGGCUCAGCCUCCGCCUCUGCGACUCCAACAUCCUGUCCCGCUGGAGCGUCUGCUGCCAGGAGGAGAACGGACUUCACAAUGAGGAAGACGAGGAGGAGGAGGAGGAGGAGGGAGAAAUGGGUAAGGGCUCCAUCCCCUCCCUGGGCUCUCCUCACUCUCUGGACGGCUGCUACUUCUCCCCCAGCCUGGUGACGGACUGGUUCUGGGGGGUGGUCAGUGAAGCUGUGGAGGAGCUGAGACGCAGCCCCCAGAGAGGCAUCCCCAUCCCAGACCGACUGGAGAGGAACGGACCCCUCACCACCAUCAUCCUGCAGGCGGGCUCCAGCCGCGUGCUGUACGACCUGCUGCCUGUGGUGUCGUUCCGGGGCUGGCCGGCCGUAGCCCAAGGCUGGCUGACUGCCAACCACUUCUGGGACGGUAAAAUCACAGAAGAGGAGGCCAUAUCGGGCUUCUAUCUGCUGCCCUGCUGCUCCCCACUGGGUGGUCGACCUGACAGGGAGUGGAGGCUGGCGUUCUCACGCAGCGAGGUCCAGUUGAAGAAGUGUAUCCCCUUCCCCAUGGCUCAGGCUUUCCAGGCAGCCAAAGCCGUGUUGUCUCGUAUCCUGGCCCGCCCGCGCACAGGCCUCAGCCUCUACCACCUGCGUACCCUCCUGUUCUGGGCCUGCGAUCGGCUCCCCGCUGCCUACUUGUCCUCCCCCGACCCGGACACCCCUGGCCGCCUCCUCCUGGGUCUCCUCGACGACCUGGCUCACUGCAUCCUGGGCAAAAACUGCCCAAACUACUUCCUGCCCCAGUGCAACAUGUUGGAGCACCUGUCGGACAGCCAGGCCCUGCUCGUCGCCAGGAAGCUGGCCCACGUGCGCUCGGAUCCCAGCGAGCACCUGCGGGCGGCUGUGGACCAGGCGCAGCAGGCCGGCCAGCUAAAGAAGGAGCUAACAGCUAGCACCAACGGUCACGGCUCCCCGGGGCACCAUCCAGCCAAUGGCAUCAUCUCACCGUCGGAGGACAAGCUGGCUCAGCGGCUGCAGCAGCUGGUCACCGAGAACCCCGGGAAAUCCAUAUCGGUCUUCCUCAACCCCGAUGAUGUCACCAGGCCGCACUUUCGCAUCGAUGACAAGUUUUACUAAUGAAGACAUGCUGCUGGUGAGACGUGUGGACGUAUACGUGGGUCAAGCUUACAGACGCACCCUGAGACGUCACAUCAGAGACUACACACGGGGCUGGUGAUGGUCUUCUGGACUCUGCACUCUCCUUCAGUUCUUUUCUUCACCCUAAGGCCGAACAGUGCAACAAAGCCUCGCUGCUUCACCGACUUUUGAAAACCAAAAACACUCAACGUCCGACUCCUGACGACAGACGUCCGAUUUAAAGGACGCAGCACAACAGACAGUGAUGUCACUCAGCUGGUGCCCUCUCCUAACGAGCUGGCCUUAACAAGACUUAACAGCUGGUGCUACGAAAACGAGGGCCGGCUUUAGUCAUGUGGAAGAAGUCCAGUGGAGAUCAAAACAGUUUGUGUGUGUGUGUGUGUGUCUGCGUUUGUGUGUGUGUGUGUGUGUGUAUGUCAGCCUAAGGGUUUUCACACUACUGAACACUUCUGAAGAGAGUGGGAGAAACGCUCAUGAUCGCUGCGUUUCUCCUCGUUUUACUUCAGAUCAGAGUGGGGAGGGUGGAAUUAGAGAGGAACAACAAGGUGUGGCUGAUGUAACUGAAUGUAACGUUGUGAGGAGUCUCUUUUCUCUGUCAGCUACAUUUUAGCCCCCUUGGUUUCACCCCACGCCUUGAUUUAGAGCAUGAUUUCAUACAAAACAAAUCUUUCUCAGGUAUUCAUGCGUCUUAUCUGUCUUACUGUACCUAUUUAAGGUCUUUUCUUACAUUUCAACGCCGCUUACAUUUCAUCCAGUAAUGGAAUGUACCAAAGAGACUUCAAAAAAAGAAGCCCCACACGUUCCUUUAACAUCAAAUGUAUUUCCCCGACUCGUGCUCACAAUGUUAAUUAACCUCCUUCAGAAGGCCUGGUCACACUCACAUUUAAAGCAGGUGAAUUAUUUUCAGCAAGUCAUUUAAUGCCCAUGGAUUCAUCAUCAUAAUAAGUGGAUUUGCUCACACAGUUGUGACGCUGCGGGGAACAGAGGACGGUAGAGUCAGAAACAGGGAGGAAGCUAUUAGCUGAUUGGCUGCCGUGCUGCGUCUCGUUUUGUUUCACCUCCUUUGAGUUCAAACUGCUUUUUUUUAAAAAAAGGUGGUGUGCAGAAAGUUAUAAAACGAGAGUUAAUGGCACAAUUACAGCUCCCAAAAAUGGAGCAUGAACUUAUUAACUUAUCCCCUCAGCGACCGGGCUAAUGAGUGUUCUAGUGCUCGCUGACAACUAGCAAGAAGUAAUCAGGCUUGUAUUCUGCCCUCUUUCUCUUUAGAGCUCUUUAUUAAGAAAGAGUGAUCUCACAGACAGAGUGUUAGCUGAAUCAAACUACUUACAGAACACUGAAAAGCCUUCCUUUUGGAGCAGACUUCAUGUGGUCUGAAGAGGACUGCUGCAUAAACCUGGGCUCUAGAAGCUCAGGAGACUAGCUGAUGCAACAUCAAUCAAUCUUUAUUUGUAUAGCGCCAAAUCACAACAAAUGCUAUCUCAAGACACUUUUACAAACAGAGCAGGUCUAGACCACUCUAUGUCAAAUUAUGAACAGAGACCCAACACCAAGACAGGAUAAGACUCAGUCUGACCCCACCUUAAUCCACCAUGAGCAUUGCACCUAACAGUAUUUAGCUAGUUACAGCGGAGAGGACAAACUUCCUUUAACAGGCAGAAACCUCGAGCAGGACCAGACUCAUGUUAGACAGACAUCUGCUGAGACCGUGUUGGGUCUGGAAAGAGGGAUAGAGGAGAAUAAGAGAGAGAGGGAGCGGUGAUAGUGAUGAGAUGAGUAGUAGUAGCUGUUCCCGCUGGAGUCCAGCACGUCCGUAUCAGCUGAGGAGGACGUCUACGGCAGCUCAGAGGAACCUACGAGACAAGGGAGCUCAGGGACUCCUGAAAGGUCUAUGGUUAGUAACUUUAAUGGGACAGGGAGAGUUAAAGUAAGUGAUGAGGGGGUUGGGGGGAAGGGGGUGAGAUAGGAUCCCAGUGUGUCAGUGCGCCAGUUCCCCCGGCAGUCUAAGCCUAUAGCAGCAUAACUAAGAGCUGUCUUUGGCACAUAUAUUCUGGGGGUCAUGGGCGGAAAAAUUUGGGGACCCCUGGUCUAUGGUGUAAGCGGGUGUCAGUUAAAGCACCAAUGGGUGAUUUAUUCCUGAAAUGGAAAAUAUUUAUUGAUGUCACUCAAACCACUGAAGGUGAUUUGAUGCAGUAGUUGAACGGUAGUGAAUUAAUUGAAUUAACACUUGUGAUUUAAUAAUAAUGUAAAUUGAGGAUUAAUAGGGUUGCAAAGGGGUGGAACAUUUCCGGUAAAUUUCCAUGGGAAGUUAAACUGGGGAAUUUUGGAAAUAUUCCAAUAAUUAAAUUCCCAUAAUUCCCAUGGAAAGUUUCCAUGGGAAUUAUGGGAAUUAACUGGGAAUUGAGGGGAAUUUAAUGGAAAGGUAUCAUAUCCAAGCAUAAAUGUUUGUUUUGUUAUAAGCAGACAUCCAUCCAAAAUAAUACAAUUAAAACAGAUUGAUUUGUAAGUAAAACUUUAUCAAGUGUCAAAUAUUUUAUUGAACAAUCAAUUCUUUCAUUGAAGAACAAAAACAUGAAUGUUGAGUUAAAUAUUACUCAUCCCCCCCGACCCAACCCAUUCAAAAAUUAACAAAAAUGCAAUCCCAACAAAGUCCUAUUCAAAAUGUUAAAUGAAAAGAGCCCCUCUCUCCCUCCAACAAAGACCCAUUCAACAUGCCUCUAGCCUCUGCAUUUUUGCUAAACCCUUUCAGGCAAUGGGCUCUUCCUAUGCUCUUCCUAAGUUCCCUAUUAAGAGCCACCCUUCAAUUUGAUAAAUUCCUGGUUUAUUAUUGUUAAUUCCCAUGGAAAGUUUCCAACUUUGAAAAUUCAAAGAAUUCCCAGAAUUUUGCAACCCUAAGGAUUAAUAGAUGACUAAUCAAAGAGUGUGACCAGGCCUGAGAAAACAGUGAAGACAUUGAAGGGCAGUAAAUUCCUUGAACUAGUUCAUAGAAUCUGCUCUCUUUGCUUUUUGUAAAAAUAAGUUUUUUAUUUUGAGAACUUCCUGGAACUCCUUUAAAUUCUUCCGUUCUGUUUUUUAUACCCGAGCAGACACUCUGGUGUGUUUGCAGUGUGAUGAUGAACCUCGACAUGGGGGUUUAGAAUAAAUAAACCUUUUAUGGAGGAAGCAGGAAGUAAGUCGGUUAAAGUGUAUCGAUCAAUUGAACCUGAACAGAAGGACGGGUGUGGAGGUGUGUGGAGGUGUGUGGAGUCGGGGCAGAAUCAAGGUACUUCACUGUCACCCAGGACAUCCUGCUUCACGUCACGUCGGCCCGUGACUUCACUUUGUGGUUCAAGAGAGUCCGUUUCUCGUGUUCACUUUGAGACCGGUUCUGACUUGACUGAUUCUGAUAAUUGUCCCCCGUCUCCUCUGCUUGACUGGUCUUUUUUAAUGAGCUUUGUGCAUGUGUGUGUGUGUGUCUGUGUGUGUGUGUGUGUGUGUUUCCAACAAGAGACAAAACCACACAGCAAGACGCGGACAGACACCGAGAUGCCAGCCAGUGAAUUAUCCCCUCAGUGGGUGUGUGUUAGUCGCUGGGUCCUAUCGUUUCUCACCAGACGGGAGUCGUCCCGGGGGAGGAGGGAUGGAUGGAGGGAGGCAGGCUCUCCUCUGGUCCUUUGAAGAGGGAAGAUGAGCCUUGCAGGGCCUGGAUGACUGCCUCUCUGGGACUGUGGCUGUUUUUCUCUGCUUCUUUCUUUCUCUCUAACUCGUUUUAUUUCCUCUCUCUCUCAUGGCUCUCAUUCUUUCCGCCCUCCUCCCAAAGCGAUCGCUGGCUCGACUUCCCAUCUUUAAAAACUCGAGGUCCAGUGCAACACAAAGCUCCUACACUGAAUACUAGUCCAACCUUAUGAUUUAACGGUUUGGGCUGACUGGAUGAAGAGCUGUACAGCAUUAGAGUUUUUUUCUCAUGCAUUCAUUAAAAGAGGAGGAGAGUGAACUUUGAUUGGAUGAUGCUCACCGUCACUAAACUGCUGCUUCAAGUGAUGGUGAACAUGCAGGGUAUAACACAAACAAGCACAAGGUGGUCACAGUUCUGUUUACAUGAAUAUCAAAGUGGUGAUGGUUAACUUUUGUGAUUUUGAAGCUGCUGGUGGAUCUGUUUUGCUUUUAGAAAGUAACAUUUAGAGCUCCAUGUGCUUACUACUGAAAGAAUGUUUUACAGCGUGUGUCUGUACCGAUGGUGUGUGUGUUUGUGUGUGUGUGUGUGUGUAAAUUGAGGAAACCAAAGUGUGUUGUUGAGGUGGUACAGAAUGUCUAAUCAGCUGCUGGGUGUGUGUUUCGCAGCACUUUUCCAAGACGGGCAAAGAAAGUCGCAGCAUUUAUUUAUUGAGAAGCUAAAGUUAAUGUAAAGGUACGUUCUCAGUGCUCACUUUAUUGAUUGAGAGUGUUGGAAGUAUAAGUGUGUAUCACUUAAGGUGCAUUUCGAUCAAGAGUUCCAGGGUCUUUUAACCCCCUGAACUACUUUACCCUGAACUAAAAGGUUCCUGUGCCCCCAUUGUUGUCUGCGUUUCGACCGCGGGCUGAAGUCCCGGAUAGAUUGUGCAAAUCAGGCCAGUGACGUAUGGAGAAAAAAAACUGACCAGUAGAGGGCAGUAAAACAAAGACAAAUGCCAUUCAUCACAGAUGACACCAUAGAAGCAGACGGACAGGCAGGUAUCAUUAUGAGCAACACAACAGUUAGCCUGUUAGCAUGAAGAGACUCAGUUGGUGCUGUUUUAGAUGGUGCUAUAUUUCAUCACAGAUGGAUUCACUGAAUCAACACGUGAGAGGAGAUAAGCGCGAGUAGCAAAGACGUUUCAACACGGCUUUAAAAUCCUUUUGAACUCAAAAAGCCGUGGCAGAGAUCGACUGGUGUUUUGGUUUAAACAGCGACCCUGUUAACUGGAGACUCUCAGCCGGAUGCAUCCCUCAUAAACGUCUUUAGACGAUCAUUAAAUAUCUGAUGAGGAUAUUUUGAAAUCUUAAUAAAAACUAAACUAGUUUGCAUUCCCAGGAACUCCCUCUGUGUUUCAACAGCUGUGUAAACUCCACAAACACUGACACGUUCAGCUGAAGGUCUCCAGUUUACGGGGUCACUUUUAAAACCGGAACACCGGGAGGAGACGCAUUCGCGGUGGGCUGAGAGAAGACUACUGUUACAAGCUGCUAAAUCAAGAGAAUCACAGCUUCUUCUUUUGAAAAGUACACACACAUACAAAAAAGAUAGAACAAAUAAAAACUAAUGAAAGAAAGAGAAAUCAAGUGAAUCACAGAUGUGUGUGAUGUUAUUGUGGACGGAGGGAGGAAUAAAAGCACUGAGGUUAAUCUACCAAUCAGACACGUUCAGCAUUGCAGGCCCUGCCCCCCGAAAGUCCCGGGACCUUUGAAAAGUACUACCCCCCUAGCAGGGGCUUUUUAGGGGGGGAGAUUAUCUGCCCUGAACUAAAUUUAGACCCUGGUUCCUCCGGUCGAAACGCACGUAGUUCCAGGGUAAAGUUCCUGCGGUUGAAAAACGCCUCUUGUACCUUCAUGGGCCUAGCUAGAGAUUAUAGACACUGGAAACAAUCACAGUUCUCCUGUAUCGUACACAUGGAGUCUUAAUGGAGGAGAUCAAACCCUGUAUUGUACAAUAGUGAUGGUUUCUACACGUGCAAUCAAGCCCCCCUUUGGAAAGAUGACUCCACCUCUACUUUAGUUGUACUGUGUUUGUGAAGAGACAGAAGCUGGACGCGCUGUCCGGGGUUUGCAUGACACACAGACGACACUCCCAAACACCCGUCUCUGCGCUCUGCUUCACGUUUAUAAUCACUGCUGUUUUUUUGAGUGCUGAAACUUCUGAUAGUUCUGUUUGAGAUCGCUUUAACUUCUGACCAAAACAAUGAAUGUAUCAACCGUAUCUCUGUAAUCUGUUCGCGACUUGAGAACAUAUCAAAUGUAAUUUCUCACUGUUAUCAGAACACUUGUUCUCCGGGUCUGUGCUGCUCAAGUGCUGAGAUAAAGAUCUGUACUGAAUCGCUCCACAGUUUGAGAAAUUGGAUUUCAUAUCUCUUUUAUGACUUGAUUUUUUUCAAAUAAGUGCAAAUGAUUUUCUGUUUCAUGGUAUCUGCUGAUUUGCUGUAUUUAUUUCUUAUUUCUGGGGGUUUAUAUUGAUCAAUCUUCAAGCUUUAGCAUGAAAUAAAUCACUGCAUUUAAAAUCA